AUGCCUCCUCCGCGAACGGUCAACACGAAGCGGCGAGCGGUGGACGCUAAACCCCACCUUGAAAACUUCGUCGCCGUCUCCCCGCGCGAGACGGAGUCGAUGGCGCUAACCAGUGCCACUACAACAACUGCCACAACCGGCCGCCGUAGCGCCAGCACCGGCAGCGGCGAGGUUCAAGGCAGCGCUAACACACUGCGUGAAGCCUCGACGAUUAAUUCUUCUGUGAGGCCUCUUUCUCCAACAUCCGUGAUGACGGCCACAUCACCGUCGCUCGUCUCUGUAACCACCUCCGCCACUGGUGCGCGCAAGCGAGCACGCGAAUUGGCGGAGCGCAGCAGCACCAUUCGUCAUUCGCAAGGUGGUCGCAGCCCCAGUGCCCCGGCAACAACUGGAGGGCUGGCGCGGCGCCACCUGCAGCGUCCGCGCCGCUCGGGGUCAUUUGGCAGCGACGGCAGCCGUAUAAGUGGUACUCCUCAGCCGGCGCGCAGCCCGAAGAUGUGUACCGAGCUGGACGAGGAGGAAGUUCUCUUUGAGACCAUGACGACAAGAGCCUCCCCUGCGCACCUGCAGCACACACCCACCUCGCAGCUUUUGAGCCAGCAGCAAGCGCCGCCCUACUCGGCAACCUCUGAGUGCCGAGACGCGGCACCGCAGGAGCCUGCUGUCGAGCAAGCACUCUUCACGCCUGCCACAGUCGCUCGACGCCCGCAGCCUCAGGCCGUCUUUGGAGCGGCACUCCCGCCCUCGCCGUCAUUGGCAGCGUCUGCGCUGAGCGCCGCCUCUCCCGCUGCCUCCUCCGCGUCCCGCCCGUCUUCCCACGACGAAGCGGUGCAGGCUAUUUUGCGUGCGAACCCGCCUACGAUGACGCGCCCUGUGCAACUAAAACCGGGGUAUAGCAUUCCAAGUCCGCAAACGCCUUUGUGGGCGGCACUCGAUGCGGAGGAAGACGAGGACCACCAAACCCAAACGGCACGCAACAGCGGACAGGGGUUGGAGGAGCCGCUUCUCACCAAUACCCAGGUCAGCCUCUUCCAGCUUGGGGACGAGGAGGAAGCAAACAUGAGCGAUGCAGUGAGGAUGACCACGCUGGCUGGCGCGCUGCCACGCUCUGGACACACCUCUACCACCACGAUGGCGAUGGUAUCCACAUUGCGCGUACACGUACCGACGACGACGCGCGAGUGCCGGCGCCUUGGCACGCGUGCGGCAGCAAAUGGGAGCAUCAGCCUUCCAGCACCUGGACGGUCACUGAACUUGCUCGACGAAGACGGUCUCCAUGAUGACGAGCGCUUUCCUGUGUUCGUUGGGAUGGACGGCGACAGCCAAGCCGAUGAUACCGACGGCGGGGCCUUUUCACUGACGCAGGAGGCGAUUCGGCAGGAACGGGCUCAGGAUAUGCAGGCUGUCCUGCCCCGCUCGCGCGCUUACCGUCGUGCUGCAGCUGCUCAGGCAUCCGUCACCACGAUGCUGCACGCUGGCAAGCUCGGUAGAGCGGACAUGUCCACCCCAAGUCCAGCCCGUCACCGCGCGGUGCGCACCUCUCUCAGCACAGCGCAGCAGCGGGCGAGUCCAUACAGCCAACUACAGCGGGACGUGGAGAGUACCAUGGCAGCGGCGGCAGCAGGAGCAGCGACUGAGAGGCACAUCGCGGGCCCUGCCGCAGAUGUGAAGCCUGCUGGGGUGCUCUCGCAAAAGGAGCUGCGGCGGAGGGCCGACAUGCUGAAGUGGGCGGAGCACACACGCGCCUUUUUUCACUUCAUCGAUGCGCGCCCAUUGCACGUAACCGCAUCUCCGCUGAAGCCCCCACCGUCUACUUUCUCACAACCGCGCCGAAGCCCCACGGCCACUGCCUCGAUGAGCCUCGUUCGUCGCAGCCAUAGUGCAAGCGCUGCUCCGUCCGUGCUGCCGCCGUCUGUUGCUAUGCGCCGCAGCAGCAGCGCCUUCGAGGCUGUCAUCUCGCGAGUGAAGCGAGAGGCAGCGGCAGCGGUGAAAACGACUCGCUCCACUUCUGCCAAGUAG